AUGCCAAGGCGCGGGACUGGAGCCGUGCUCAUCUCGCCCACCCAAGACAAGCUCUACUACGCUGUGUGGCUCUGCUUCCAGCGGGGUGAGAAGGUCACCAACAACAUUGCGGAGUACGAGGGGUUGAUCGUCGGCCUCAAGGCAGCGGCGGCCUUCGGAGUGAAGCAUCUCACCAUCAAGCGCGACUCCCAGCUCCUCUUCAACUUCUCUAACAAGGUGUACGAGCCAACUAACGAGCACAUGGAAGCGUACCUUGCGGAGGUGCGCACGAUGGAGAAGCAAUUCUUGGGCCUGGAACUGCAGCAUGUACCGCGCGACACCAACAAAGAGUCCGAUGAGAUCGCCAAGAGGGCGUCGAAGCGCCAGCCCCAAGAACCCGGCAUCUUCGAGGAGCGACUCUUCAAGCCUUCGGCGGCUCCCCCUGCCACCAAACUCGUACAGCCUCAGGAGGAGCUCCCCGCGCGACCAACCUCAGGGGCCCCCGCUUGUGGCGCGACUUCAGGGGCUCGCCUGCUCCUGGUGCUCGAGACCCAGGAGGGGUCCUGGACCGAAGAGUUCAGGGCAUACUUGGUGCGGGGGACGCUGCCAGAGAAGGAGGAGGAUGCGGAGCGUGUGGCCCAGCAAGCCACGACAUACUGCAUCCAAGAUGGUGAGCUAUACAGAAAACGGCCAAAUGAUGUUUCCGUAUGUUGCAUCUCCAAGAAGCAAGGUGGCGAUCUAGAGUGA